UCGCGAGAAGAAGACAAACACACAAACUUCUCAUCGCAAAAAAUAAAGAAGGCAGCUCGCAGCCUCAGCUUAGCCGUCGUUGUUUUUCCUACCGUCGCAAAAAAGGAAGUAUUGGCUGAAUUAGUCACUAAAUCAGUGCUUAAAAGUGAAAAAACUGAACAAACUAGACUCGAUUCUGCCGCGUGAAGUUGAUUCGCUCGAGAUAGUGCACGAAACGGUCCGGUAGGCAAGUGUAGAUCCCUCGGGGAAGACCAGUAAGUUUACGUUCUCGUUCUUCGUCGUCGUCGUCCUCCGGAAGAAACCAUUUUGAGCCGUACGCAGAAAAGAACGUUUCAUUUCAUCAGCUGUUUGGGUAGUGAACAUUGUUUCGAUUGUGCUGCUGCUAUCAGUGUUUUUUGUGCAAAAAUUAAAAUUGACGACGUCGCUACCGAUAAACGGAGUGGAACCCGAAGAAGAAGGAGGAAGCACAACCCCCGCAGCUGCUGCAACUGAAGAUAUCACGGUUAUAAAGAAUACAUUAAAGAAUACUACUCCAGUUGGCUGUAAUAUAGUUUAUAGAGAUCUACACCACCAAGACUAACGAUAAGCCUCUAGAAUGAGCCUGUCGUCCCGGGCCGACAUUGACGAAGGUGGAUUCUUUGUCAAUUUCAAUCAGGACUGCACUUCUCUUUCCGUCGGAUCCAAAAAUGGCUACAGUCUUUUCGCGUUGAAUACGGUGGAUGACAACCUGGAGCAGAUCUACUCUUGCUAUGGUGAGGAAAUUUGCCUGGUUGAACGUCUCUUUACCAGCUCUCUGGUUGCCGUCGUUUCCCUGUCAGCCCCCCGGAAGCUCAAGGUUUGCCACUUCAAGAAGGGCACGGAAAUCUGCAACUACUCCUACUCGAACACCAUUCUGGCCGUGAAGCUGAACCGAUCUCGAUUGGUGGUAUGCCUGGACGAGAGCUUGUACAUUCACAACAUCCGGGACAUGAAGGUGGUUCACACCAUCCGGGACACCCCACCGAACAAGUCCGGACUGUGCGCCCUGGCCUCCGAUUCCGACCACUGCUAUCUGGCAUAUCCGGGAAGUGCCACGGUCGGCGAGGUCCAGAUAUUCGACGCCGUCAACCUGCAUGCCAAAACGAUGAUCUCCGCUCACGAUUCGCCCCUGGCCGCGAUCGCGUUCAGCCAGACGGGCAUGGAAAUUGCCACGGCCAGUGAGAAGGGUACGGUGAUCCGGGUGUUCUCGGUGAACGACGGUUCCAAGCUGUUCGAGUUCCGCCGGGGUGUGAAACGAUGCGUCUCGAUUGCCUCGCUAACGUUUAGCACCUGCUCGAAGUAUCUUUGCUGUAGCUCCAACACGGAAACGGUUCACAUCUUCAAGCUGGAACGGACGUCCCCGGAGAGCAACGACGACCAGGGCAACCGGGAUCACUGGAUGGGCUACAUUAGCCGGGCGGUUACCAGUUAUCUGCCGCUGGCGCUGCCCUCGCAGGUGACGGACGUGUUUACGCAGGGCAGGGCGUUCGCUUCAGCUGUGCUUCCGGUGGCCGGACUUAGACAUUCCUGUGUUAUCGCUACAAUCCAGAAAUCGUUAAGACUUUUGGUAGCGUCGCAAGACGGCUACCUGUACGUGUACCAGCUUCCCUUGGAGGGCGGUGAGUGUCAGCUCAUCAAGAAGCACGAUCUCCGAACCGUCGAACCCGCCAGCACCACCACCCGGCCAGAAUCUCUGCCUAUCGGAGUUCCGAACGCUUCUGCACUGGGAGGCGGCAGCGGCGGCGGUAGCGUCGGCGGUGGCAGCAGUGGUACCAGCUAUGCGGCCGCCGUCAAAAGUGGGUCAGUCGCUGGCGGUGGCCAGCCGGCUUCCGUCGGGGGAUCAAGCGAGGACGACCAACAGCAAUAAGUUAGGACGAAGACGACGACAUCGGACGGACGGACGGAUGGGCAGCGAAUUCAAACACGUGUCUGUAGUAGGUUGUAAGUGUGUGACGGCUUUUCUAUGCAGGAUUCUAUACAACAGAUACUGUUAUGGUACUGAUCUUCGCUUAGCAAAGUAAUUCCCCGGAUGUAGCCCAGAGUGUAACAUAUUUUUAAAGUUUAUUUUAUGUUGUAGCCCCCCUUGGCGAAUCUAUGCUUUGGGAGCAUAAUUUUAUACCCAACAUGAAUUUAUGAGGAAAUAAAUAGUAACUUUUCCUGUUCGAACACUUUCGGUCCUUAUUUUUGGGAACAUUUGGCAUCAAGACCUGCCUGUAAUUGAAUCUUUGAAUCUAUCUUUUUAAAGACCAAUAAUUCAAAAAAAGUCGAUCAAAAUGCUCAUAAUCUAGAUAAACAUGGCUUAGUUUAACAUACUUAAAAUUGAAAUACCAAGAAUGUAUCAUAUCAUUUAACGAAUUAAGGUUCACAUCUUCUACCAUUCAAAACAUUUUCUCUUAAAGGCAUUCAAAGUGUCAUCACAGCAGUGAAACAUUAAUUAAUAUUCAUGUUUUUGUGAAGGAAUAGUAGAAAUCAUCGAGAGAAGCUUUGCUUCUCCCUUACUGAGACUCAACGUUGAUUUUAUUUCAAUGUCUGCAUGUUUUUCUUUUGAGAAUGCAACAAUAGAUUUUGAAUCACUUCGGAAAAAGCACUUCUUCGAGAUUUUUAGCCUGGGAAUCCAGCAGGUAUGAUUCCACAGAUUUUCCUAAGGAUAUCACCGAGAACUCUUCCAGGGACAUCUCCAGGUAUUUCUCCAGAAUACCUCUAUGAAUUCCUCCAGGUAUUCCUUAAAGAAUUCCUUUUGAAGUGUUCCAGAGAUUCUUUCAGAGGUUUCUUCAAAGCUGCAAUUGUAGAUUUUUCCUAGUACUUCUCCAGAGCCUUCUCUAAGUUUUGUUUUGCAGAGAUCUCAAAGUCUUCUUUCAGAAUAUUUUCGUAAAAUUUCCGGAAGAAUUAUAGAACGAAUUUUAUGAGAAAUUCCUAAGGAAUCACAGCAAGAAUUACUGAAGAAAUCUUAGGAGGAAUUCAUGGUGGAAUCCCUGCAAACAGAAAAUCCUGGAAGAAUUCGUGAAGAAAUCUUUAGAGAAAUGUCUGGAGAAUCCUUAUAAGAAAUCCUAGAGGAAUCCAUAGAAGUAUUCCUGGAAGUGUGCUUGGAGAAAUCUCUGAAGCAAUCUCUGAAAGAAUCUUCAGAGAAAUUCCUCGAGAAGUCUCAUAUGGAAUCCCAAGAGGAACUCCCUGGCGAAAUUCCUGCAGUAGUUUCUUGAGAGAUCUCAAUAGGAAUUACUGGAACAAACCCAGCAGGAGUAUUGCUUGAGGAAUCGCAGCUGGAAUUUAUCUAGAAAUCCCAGCACGAAUUUCUGGAGUAAACCUAGCAGGAAUUGCAGUAAGAUUACAUACAGAAAUUCCUGAAGGGAUUAUCCUUGGAGAAGUGUCUGGACCUGGAGGAAUCCCUAGAGGAGUCCCCAGAGAAAUUUCUGGAAGAAUUCCUGAAGGAAUCACAAGAGAAAUUGUUGAAGGGAGGAAUCCCAGCAGGAUUUCUUAGUGGAAUUUCUGUAGAAAUCUCAGGAAGAAUUGCUGAAGUAACCGCAAAAAUCCCUUCAAAAAUUUAUGCAGGAAUCUCGACAUAAAUUCCUGGAUCAAAGCAGGAAUACCAAGAGGAUUUCCGGAAAGGAUCUCAUGAGAAAUCCCAGCGGAAAUUACAUGAAAGAUUCCCCAUUUGGAAUUCCUUAAUGAAUCCUAGUAUGAAUCUCUGAAGGAAUUUCAAACAGAUUUACCUGGACGAAGACCAGGAGGAAUCCGUGGAGAAAUACCGAGUAGUCCCUAGAAGAAUUCUGGAGUGUCUGGAAAAACUUUUGAAAGAAUCAUAGGAUCAAUUCCAUGAAGAAUCCUAUGAGGAAUCCAAAUAGGAUUUCUUUGAGGGGUUCCUGCAGGAAUUUCAGAAAAAAUCACUGGAAUAAUCCCGGUAGCACUACUUAUGGGGUCUCCAGAUAGCGAAGUGGUUAGGGCUAUGGAUCGUUAAUUCAGAGACGGCGGGUUCGAUUCCCGUUCCGGUCGGGAAAAUUUUCUCGACUCCCUGGGCAUAGUGUAUCAUUGUACUUGCCUCACAAUAUACAAAUUCAUGCAAUGGCAGGCAAAGAUAGCCCUUCAAUCAAUAACUGUGGAAGUGCUCAAAGAACACUAAAUUGAAGCCAGGCAGGCCAAGUCCCAGUAGGAACGUCGAGCCAUAAAUAAGAAGACUACUUAUGAAAUUUGGAGAAGUUAUCCCCAUAGUUUGCUAUUGGUAGGGUUGUUAUGUUAGGAUUGCGAUGCAUUCAAUUUCCAUGAUUGCGAUUCUACGGAAAAUUGGAAUCUACGUUGGAAUAUCGACACUGCGAAUAAAAACCUGGCUAUCGGAGAAAUUCCUUUAAAUAUUUGUUUAGGAGUUUGAAAAUCUAUCUAGAAUUCAUUCUCUAAUUGCUCUUGGGAUUUCUCUCCAAAAUUCUAUCCAAGAUUCUUUCUUGAAAUCCUUCCUUUUCUAAAUUCUUUCGUUUCGUUUCUCACAGAAUUCUUCCCGCGAUUUCUCGCGGAGUUUUUCCUUGAAUUCAUUAUCGGUUUUUGCUCCUGCAGGUUUGCCAGAGUUUUUUUUUUUUCUGAAUUUCUUCACGAGUUUCUUCCAAGAUUUCGUCCAAAGAUUUUUCAGAAUUUCCGCCCGGACUUCGUUCUGAGAUUUUUUCGGUGCUCAUUUCGGGAUUUCUGAGAGUUGUUCCUGGGAUUCCUACCGGAGUUCCUCCCAGAAUUUCUUUAGAAGUUUUUCAUGGGGUCACUAAAGGAGUACCAGCAGAGGUUUCUUCCAAAGUGGUUUUCCCGCUUUCACAGUUUCUCACUGGAUUCCUUCGAAAGUUCCUUCCAAAAUGUAUCCCAAAGUUUCUUCAGGAAUUUCUCCCGGGAUUUUUGCAAGAUUUCUGCUGAAGUUCUCUUUGUGGAUUUCAGAUUUCCUCCUGAAAUUUCUCUAAUAUUUCGUUCCAGGAUUACUCCCUCUGAGAAAUGGCGGGAAGAAUUCGAUGAGAAAUAAGGAAGUAGAAUCAUCUCGGCAGGGCUUCUAUUUUGCGCACUUUGCGCUGUAACUUUCAAUUUUGAACCAAUUGACAUGAUGUUUUAUAAGCGGUUAGAUAGGGUGAAAAGGGUUUUAUCGGCAGGUUUGUUAUUUUCGUCGGCCAAAUUUCCUGAAACUUGGUCGUAUAAUUCAACUUGAAUGGGAAAGAUAUGAGGCUUAUUUUGAGUUCAAUAGGUUCAAAAAACCAUGACGAAAAGAACAAAACGGCCGAAAAUACAUAAAUUCCCGUACGUAAGUAUCCAGCUGUUUACAAAACUUCAAGUUGGUUUGAUUUGUAUUAUAGAGGCAAAGUGCCCGAAAUACCAACCACUGCUCAAGUGGUUCGGUAUUCUAUCAGUAAAAUCUCCUGCAGAACUCCCAAAAAGGAACUCUAGAAGAAAUUCCGAAUAAAUCUUCGGGGAAAAUCCAGGAUAUAUGCUGAAAAACUCUGAGAGACAUCCCGGUAGCAACUUCAGAAGGAAUCUUCUAAGAGAAGUCUCGGGAGAAACUCUGAGUGAAAUCUCGGGUGAAACUUCAAGAGAAAUCUAGAAAGAACUACCUGGGAGAAACUCCUGUAGAAAUACUAGGAGAAACUAUAGAAGAUUUCAGGAAGCAUUACAUAAAAAAUCCAUGAGGGACUCAUACAUACAUUACGCAUAAGACAUUAGUGAAAAAAAACCUCUGGAAUAAAUCCUGCAGAAAAUUCUUUAAAAACUCCUGAAAAAAAUCUUUUGGGGAGCGAUAGUAGAAAUUCCAGGAAUAACUCCUGUACAAAGCUCUGGAAGAAACCUAGGGAAGAACUCAUUUGUUCCGCAGAAAUAUUCUGAGAGAUACUCCUGGAAAAAUCCCGCAAGGGACUCUGGCAGCAAUACUAGGAAAGCCUUUAUUGUGGGAAUAGAUUCUGUAAGAUCCUUGUGAAAAUUUCAAGAAAAGUAGAAUUCAAAUCCCGGAAAGAAUGAUUUGUAUCUUAGGAAAAUGCCGGUUUGAAUCCGGAGAACCCCCGGCACUAAUUCUAAAAAUUUCCGGAUGAACUGAGAAACAAAAUUUAUGAACAUCAACCCUGUCUUCAGAUAUUGUCCCAGAGAUUGCUCCAACAAUUCCUUCAGAGAUUCUUCCGAUAAUUCAUUCAGGUGUUUCUCCGGAGAUUAUUCCCUGGAUUUCUCCAGAGAUUUCUCAAGUUUUUUUAUAGCUAUUUGAGGAGUACCCAAGAGUUUUUUUUUCAUAUUCUUUCAUGGAUUUCUUAAUGAUACUUCUAAAACUGCUUACAUGGAUUCUUUUAUGUAUUGGAUUUCUCAAGGGGUUCUCAAAUCGCUUUUUUGAAAAAUUCCUCCAGAGAUCAUGACAGGAAUGCCUUUAGUAUAAGAAUUUACAUAGAUAUUAUUCCAGGAAUGCUACUAUCAACCAUGUAAGAAAUAUCUCCAAAACAGAAAAUUUUCAGAAUGUCUUUAUAAAAUCCUACAGGGAUUCUUCGACCAUUAUUUUUUUCCAAGUACCAUAACAUCAACUAAUUUCAAUCGCUUUUUGGUUUGCAUGGAGUGAAUGGAAUUGAUGUCACGGUAUAUAAAAAAUAAUUCCUUAAGGAGAAACUUCAGAGAAUACAAACAUGGCUGCCACAAUGGCUGACUUGGUCCCCUACUCACGCUUUCAAGAGCACUAAUCUUGAAAAUUCGUAAACAAAUGCUCUCGAUUUGGAAAAGCUGCCUCUUUUUUGCAAGUGAGCAAAGCCAGGUGGCUUGGUUUGAUGCUUUGUUCGUCAGAUUAAAGUUUGAAUGCAAAAUUGCAAUGAGAUUCGUUGAGGUUUCACCUUAAAGGAUUUCUCAAUUUGUCCCAGAAAUGCCUAAAAAUGACUUACAACAAUUCUUCUAAGAAUACACUCUUGUUUCAAUCCAGUGAUUCUUCCAUAAAUUCUUUCCAGGAUUCCUUAUUGGAUUUCUACUGCAAUACCUUUUAUUUCAAUUUAAACAAAAAAUUAAAAAAAAAAAUUUCGCGGUAUCUCGCAGAACUCUUCCUGCAAGUUUAUCCACGAAGGUUUUUUCCUGGAGUUCCAGUUUCUUCAACUUCCUUGUUUCCAUCCAGAGGUUUUUCACGCAUUUGAUCCCAUACAUAGUUGCUUCCGAGAUUUUUUUCAGUGUUCUCCGGAAUUUCUGAGAAUUGUUCCUGGGAUUUGUACCAGAGUUUCUCCCAGGAUUGCUGCAGAAGUUUUUCACUGGGUCUCUGCAGGAGUACCUCCCAGGAUAUUUUUCCCCAUAUACCCUAAGGUUUCUGGCUGGAUUCCUCCAGAAUAUUUUUCCGAAAUUGAUGCAAAGUUCCUCCAGAAAUUUGUCUUAGUGGUUUUUCGGGAUAGCUUUCCAAAAGUUUCUGUAGGGAUUUUUGCGAGAUCCUUGUAGUUCUGCCAAAGAUUUCUGCCAGACAAUUUUUCGAUAUUUUUUUUUUGAAGUUUAUUCGCGAGAUUUUUCCGGUAGCUCCUUUAGAAAUUUCCCUAAUAUUUCAUCGCAAGAUUACUCCCACAACUAUUUUUCGAAAUGUCCCAAUUUUUAUCAGGAUUUCCUCCGAAGAUCCUCUCGAGAUUUCUCAAACAGGUCUUUGCGUAAUUUCUCGCAAGAUUUCACCUGGAUUCCUUGCGACACUUUUCCUGGAUUUUCUUACAAGGAGUUUCGUAGGUUAUCCCAGGUGACAUUCCGAGAAAAAUUUAUGAGAAAACAAUGCAAAAUCUUCGUGAGCAACUAUUAAAAAUCUCAAAAGGAGCAAUCAGAAUCUCGGAAUCAUUUCCGGUAGGGAUUCCAGGAAGAGCUCAGGGAAUAACCCCGAGAAAAUCUGUAGAGAAAUAAUCUGAUUCACUGCAAGAAAUUCUGCAAACUACUACGAGGAAAACCCUGGGAAAUCUAUGAAAAAAAAACACGGAAGGAACUCCAGUAAUAUCCCCUGCAAAAAACCCCAAAAUUAAAGUCACUCCGGAAAAAAAUCUUAGAAGAAAGUCCAAGAUGAGUUCAGAAAAACUCUGAGAGGCAUCCCAGGACCAACACUGGAAGGAAGAUACUCCGAGUGGAAUCUUAGAUAAAACUACAGAAAUCCAUCGAGAACCUUAAAAAAUAUUCCGGCUGAAUGUUCUGUAGAAUUCCGAGUAGAAACUCUAGAAGAAAUCUCAUAGAUUUUUUUUUGAAGAAGUUACUGGAAAAAACUUCGGACGAAAUCCCGGGAGGAACGUCUGCAGAAAAUUCAUGAAAGUUUUCUUGGAGGGUAGUCUAGUAGAAAUCCCAGGGAUAACUCCUGUAGAAUUCCCGGGAAGAUCUCCUGUGGAACUCCCAAAAAGAUCACCGGAAGGAAUUGAGAAAAAUCUUCAAGAGGAAUCCCGAAACAAAGAUAUAUCCUGAGAAGAGAAACUCUUGUUUUAGGAUAAAUUCCAAAAUAAAUCCCACGAUACAGUCUUUGAGCGAAACGCAGGAGGAACUACGGGGAAAAUCCCACGAAAGAACACUACCGGGGGAAAAACUUUUGGAAGAAAUUCUGGGAAAAAAGUUCUCGGGUGCGGGCACCGGUUUUGGCCGUCUAAGGGAAAUAAUUUUUAUAAAAAUAACCAAUAAUCCAAUGUAAACUACCAAUGUGUCAAAUGAAAGGUUUCGAUCUAUACUUUAUUAGAAAAAUACAGAAAUCAAGCUAAUACUUGAUUUUUGUAUUAAAAGUGGCACUCUUCAAAAUAGAAGCAUUGCCGCAGUUUUGGCCAUAUUCUCAGCUUUGAUUUCAAUUUUGGCCAAUCACCUGUAUUUCUUAUGGGAGUGGCCAAAUUAGAAGCACCCUGGCCAAAAUAGAUAUAUGUGAGCUAAUUUUUUAAGGAAGAUUAUUUUUUUCUUCCAGUUUUUAAUCAAAAUGUAUGGUUUUUUACAGCUGUAAUCAUCAUAUUAUAUUAGAAUCUACUAGUAAAAAAUAAAUUCAUUUCGAUUUAGAUUGUAACAGGCCGAAUACCGCACUAUGGCCAAAACUCCGGGCUGGCCAAAAUUGAAACUUCUACCCUAUAGGAUCCCCGUGUAGUGUCUUUUUUUCAACUCCAGAAGAAAUGGCUUGGAAUUCAGGAAUCCUGGAAGAUUCUCAAGGAAGUAUUUCUUGUUUCUCUUGCACGGUUACCCGAGCAAAGUCUGACAGCAAAUUGAAAACAAAUUUUGAUGUUGUGAUAUUGCAAAUUAUGAUAACUCGGGUUGUUGCCGUUUUGGUCGUUUUAACGGUUAAAACAUCAAAAAUGAGAGCAGAAAAAUAUUCCCGUAACAGCAAGUUGAUAACAAUUCCUGCUAUCAGUGAUAGAAAAUUGAUAACUGUUUUUGCUAUCAAUACAAAGUUGCCUAGAAGUUUUGAAAUAACAUUUUUUUUUUUUUUUCCUCAUCUGUAGAGCCUUUUAACCACUGCGUCCAUUAUUUAGGAAUAUUGUGGUAUGACCCAUAUUUAAUUUGGUGCUAGUCAAAUAUCCUGUCACAAUUGAGCUGUGAUGGACAAUGGUUGAUGUAACACCUGAUCCCAACUAGGCACAACUCGUUUUAUGAAGUUUAUUACCCUGUUGGGAUUACUUCGCCAAAUUACCAAGGGCUCUAAAAACCCUUUACCAAAAACCGCCAAUCUCUGAUUGGAUAGUACUCCACAGUUGCAGAGUAAAUGUUCAGCAGUUUCGUUUUCCGUUUGACAGAAACGACACUCGGAGGAUUGGAUUUUUCCAAUCUUACUUAGAUGAUAUUUACUCGGGCAGUGACCAGUCAUCAGACCAGUAAUUACCCUGAGAUCUUUUUUGUUUAGGUUUAAUAAGGACCUGGCUUUUUCUGCACUGGGUUUUAUAAACCUUUUCGCUUGCUUGGAUGUAUCCGUGGCAUUCCAAUUAGAUUCUACCGUGGACAUUUCCCAAGUUUUUAGUUUCAUCCGAAGAGCACACUCAGGAACUCCACAGAAAGGUUCAGGGCCUACAAAGCUUGAUGCUGCACCCUGUCUGGCUAAAUUGUCGGCGUUUUCAUUUCCCAGAAUUCCACAAUGACCGGGCACCCAGUAUAAAGUUACCUCGUUCCUACUGGCCAAUUGCUUCUGAGAAAUAAUGCAUUCCCACACUAGCUUUGAUUGACAAGUAAAAGCCUUUAGCGCAUUUAGAGCCGCCUGACUGUCCGAAAAUAUACAGAUCUUAGCAAACCUAUAAUUUCUUUUCAGACAAAUGUUGGCACACUCUAGAAUGGCUUGAACUUCUGCUUGAAAUACAGUGGGACUGCAUCCCAUUGGUAUACCCUUACUGAUACCAGGGCCGAAAACACCGGCUCCUGUAUUUUCACCCAUCUUGGACCCAUCAGUAUAAAAUACAAUAGAACCUGGACGUAAACUUGGCCCACCAGCAUCCCAAACAUAGCGACAUGGUUUCACCACUUUGAAGGGAACAUCAUAGUUGGUCUUUGUUAUCAUCCAAUCUUCUACUGUUUUUAUGUCCAUGUUUAAUUUGAAGUCUUUGAUGAUCCUCAAAUGUCCCACAAGAUCCCCAUCUAGUACAUUAUUGUAACGGAUAAACUGCAGGGCACUUUUUGCCGCUUGUAGUUUAACAAAUUGAUGCAAAGGCAGUAUAUUGAGAAGGGCAUCCAAAGCAACUGAUGGAGUGUUUUUCAUUGCUCCUGUAAUCGAUAUACAAGCAAGUCUUUGUAGCUUACCUAGCUUCCCUUGAGAGGUUACCUCGUUUGUUUUGGGCCACCAAACAAGUGAAGCAUAAGUAAUCUUAGGCCGGACUAUCGCAACAUAAAUCCAGUGAAUGAUGUUUGGUCUAAGACCCCAGGUUUUUCCUAGGGCUUUGCUGCAGACCCAAAGGGCAUUCGUACCCUUAGUUAAAACAUUGUUUAAAUAUGAAUUCCAAUUCAGUCUUUUGUCCAAAGUUACCCCAAGAUGUUUAACUUCAUCCGAGAACUGAAUUUGAACUCCAUUUAAAGAAGGCUCAAUAAGAUUUAGUUUCAACCUUCGAGUAAAAGGUACUAUUACAGUUUUUGAAGGGUUUACGUUCAAUCCCUCCUCUCGGCACCAUUUGAGGGUAACAUUCAACGCAGAUUGUAGCCGGCUGGAUAUCGUGUCGUCAUAUUUUCCACGUACCAGAAUAGCUACAUCAUCUGCGUAUCCAAUAACCUCAAAACCUUGAUUAAUAAGCUUUUUAAGGAGUUCGUCCACUACCAAAGACCACAAUAAGGGCGAUAGUACUCCUCCUUGAGGACAGCCCUUCACAGAUCUGACUGAUAGUUGCGCACCUCCAAGAACGGAAGAGAUUUCUCGAUCUUUAAGCAUCGAUAUUAUCCAUUCGAUAAUGCAUUUAUCCAAGCCCCUUGCUUCCAUUGCUGAACGCAUUGAGCUGUAGGAUGCGUUAUCGAAUGCUCCUUCAAUAUCGAGAAAAGCAACCACGGCUAUUUCCUUGGCUUGAAGCGAUUUCUCAACUUUGCUGACUAGCGACUGUAGCGCUGUUAUUGUGGAUUUACCUGUUUGAUAAGCAAAUUGAUACUUGCUAAGAGGCAUUUCUACUAAGCUGGUAGACUUGAUAAAGUCAUCCACUAUUUUCUCCAUGACCUUUAACAGAACACAGGAAAGGCUAAUAGGUCUGAAGGCUUUAGGUGUUGUUUUAUCCCUUUUGCCAGCUUUUGGGAUAAAAACAACACGAACCUUACGCCAUGCCUUAGGUAUGUAAGCUAAAGUGAUACUGGCUCUAAAUAUUUCGGUUAGGAGCGGACCAAUCGCUCCUUUCCCUUGUUGAAGUAAAGCUGGAAAGAUUCCAUCUAUCCCAGCAGAUUUGAAAGGUUGAAAAGAACUCAGUGCCCAUUCGACCCUCGAUGGCGUGAAGAUUUCACAGGCUUUCUGAUAGGCAUUUGUCGACCAUACAUGGUUUACCUUGUCUAAGUCCUGAUCUUCAGCCGGGUAAGGAAUCGACCCCGGAAAAUGAGUCUUUAUCAUCUCUUUCAAAGCUUCAGAAGAAUCGAUAGUAAAACUGCCAUCUUCCUUUUUGAGGCUUCCAAGACCAUUAGAAUGGUCUUUUGAAAGGACUUUGUGGAGCCUUGCAGCUGCAGGAGCGUUAUUGAUGUCUUCACACACCCGUCUCCAAUCCUUUCGUUUGGCUAGCCUCAGUUCUCUGUUAUAUUCUGUUAGGGCUUUUUUGUAUUGAACCCAAUCAGAAGUAGCCUUUGCUCUAUUGAACAAUCUUCUAGAUUCUUUCCUCAGUUUUGCUAGCUUUGUGCAGCUAGCAUGAUAUGAUGAGAUCAUUUUAUCAAUAACCUCAUCAGAGGCACUUUCCAAUUGUGAAACAGAUAUGAUCUGCUCCCAUUUAUAUGCAUUUUCAUGCGUUAAGUAAAAGCGAUAGAGGUCCCAGUUUGUUUUUCUUGGGUUUCUAAAACUUUCAAUUAAAUUUAAUCCGGCUUUAUAAUCAAACCUGAUAUGUUUGUGAUCUGACAAUGAUUCCUCAUCAGAAACAUGCCAGUUCACAAUUUUUUCCGACAGCAGGUCACUGCAGAUCGUAAGAUCUAGAACCUCCUGUCGAAUUGUGUUAAUAAAAGUGGGAGAAUCUCCCUUAUUGCAAAUGUCUAUGCUAUUAGACGAAAUGUAGUUCAAAAGAUCCUCACCCCUCUUAUUAAUAUCGGUACUGCCCCAAAUGGUAUGAUGGGCAUUCGCAUCGCAUCCAAUCAAAAAUUGAGCGUUUAUUCUCUUACAAUAAUUAAUGAAACUUACAACACUAGAUGGAGGCACAUCAUCAACGUCUCCUGGGAAAUAUGCUGAAGCAAUGCAUACCUCAGUUUUUCCCCGGAUUGUCGGGACCUCCAACUUGAUAGCAACAAUAUCUCUUGAAAUGAACUCAGUAAUUGGGACAAAUUUCGUUCUCCUAUUUACUAAGAUUGCAGUUCUAGGUUUACACUGAUUUUCAUGAUACACGAGUUUACAGUUCGGUAAAGAGCAUCCCAUUACCCUACCGUUAUUUACCCAGGGCUCCUGAAUUAGUCCCACGUCUAGAUCUUCUUUAGUAAAUCUUCUACUGAGCACAGAAGAAGCACCCUUGGCGUGAUGAAGGUUUAUUUGAAUGAUUUUAAACGCACUCAUUGAUACAGUUUUAUGUGGAAUUCAUUUAUUGAACUUACUUACACAUUCCCGGGGCACUUUAUUCCCUACGCUGGAGACGAUUUUGAAUGGACGAUAUUGGAUUGGAUCCACAAGGCUUUCUAGCUUUUGAUUUUUUUAGACCAUGGGUAUUAUACUGCCCCUGGCUGCCUGAAUCAUCAGCACCUGAUUUAUGAUUACCAUGGGCAUUGUGUUGCCCCUGGUCGUCUAAAUCAUUAUUAGCUCCAGUGAGUCCUUCCUCUUUUUCAGAACUUAGCGUGAUAUUUUUCGAGUUGGCAAAUGACCGGUUCCCAACUGCACUUGUCCCUGGAACGAUUGGGUCUUCAUGAACUACUUCACAAUCCAUAGCCAUUUCGUCAGGGACAGCAUUCGGUAUAGUGGGAACUUCCUCCUUUUUAGCAGAUUGAACAGGGCGUUGCUUUGUUAUUUGAAUCUGCCCAUAUCUGAAAUUAAGAACAAAUUUACGAUCCUUAAACUUCCGCAGAGAGCAAUCGUCAACUGUGAAGGUGAGCUCAACGUGCUCUCCCUUUACGCGACGGUAGAGAAUGCGCCAUGUAUCGGCAAAUAAAUCGUCAUUUUGACUCUCUAAAAGAGACAUAAUCAUGUCGUUUCCGUACUUGGCACUCCAUGGGAAGAAAGCGAUCAGCACUUCAGGGCGUGGGAUUUUAUCCUCAUCCACUACGACCAAAUCAGCACCUUCCCAAAGCACCAACGACGUGAACUUGUUCUUAACCCAAUCAGCAGUUUCUUUACCCUGGCAUGUGAGCACUAGAUACCCUGGCCUAAGUCUACAACAAACAAACUUGGGCUUGAAAUGUUCCCGGCGUUGCUGAACAACUUUCAAUAAGAGGGCUUCUUGAACCACUUCCUGUUGAUUAGUUGUCAGCUCAAUCACGGGAUAAUUCCUGGGCAUGAUUCCUAGCCUUACCCGGUUAGCAAUAUCGGAGAAUGUAGGAGCAGGGAGGGCUUCUCGUCCCGACCCAUGCACAAACUUAGGAUAGCGUGACUGUUCAGGGCCAUUGGGGACCCUGUUUUUCGUCUCCACAUUCCUAGGCACUUUUGAUUCAUUCGAAUCGAUGACUACAUCCAUAUUUACCUGGCGAGAUGAGCUUGCGGAUCCGAUUUCGCUUCCAGAACCUCGAUUGUCGCAUAUCUUUUUUGGGACUGGCUUACCUUCGCUGCUGUUCGUACGAUCGAGAUCAGAUUGCCUCGAUCUUUCGGGGGUGCUGGCUUGAGGCAAUAAUGCCUGCUCACGGGCUGCGGCGUAAUCCAGUCCGUCCUUCAUCAACCUUUGCAACCGACGACGCGCUGCCCCGCACAUAGUACGACGUUUCACUUUAUCAGCUUUAUCACCAUCCCCAGACUUACUUGCUUUCCCACUGCUAGUAGCAGUACCAUCACUUUUCUCCACCAUAAGCGGUGGCGGCCGGAGUGGCCUGAUGGUGACAUUAACACCAUCAUCUUCAUCAUCAGAGUCAUUGGUGUCUUCUUUCGGGGAGUUCAAAAUAGAUGGGGUUGGAGUGCGCACAUUUAUUAAUGAAUCGCUUUGCAGCUCAUCAUCGAAGGCAUUCUCUUCACUAGAUGCCAUGUCACUAGUAAUGUUCUUCACUAAACUAGCACUUAACAAAAUAGCUUGUAGCUCGAACAAAUUUGUUCGCCAAUCCAAUUCACUUUUCUAGUCUACUUCCACUCUUCUUCCAACAGUCUGUGUGAGCACUAGAAUUGCCUUUCGAGGAAUACAAUUGGCACAGCAAAUACGUAUUCACACUGCCAUGCCUCGGGAAAUCACUGAGGCUUCAUGUAUUAAACAAUGGAGAAGGCAAUCACAUGAGGUUUAUACCCGUUUAUUUUUUUACGAGUUAUUUCGGUUGAUAUAUCACAAAUUCGCUUCAAAUUGGACUGAAUUUCCGUAGAAAUCAGCACGAAUUUCACUUUGCACUAACUAUAGCAGUUAAUUAGCACAGAUGACACUAUGAAAAUUGAUGAUUAACCGAGAGCGAAAUAAUCAUCGAUCCAACCGAGAAUAGACACUCACACAAGCCAAAUAACAUAAAAACUUAAUAUUUAUAAUAGUUUGAAGUGACAGCUAAACAAAAUCAAAAUUUGAAAUCAAAUUUAGUCAAGACAAACUGACAUCAAAAUGUGAUAUCAAUUUGCUGCUGAAUACAAAUCGAGUUUUCGAUUUGCUAUCAUUUUGUUGUUAGACUUUGCUCGGAUAUCCAGAUUCCAGUUAAGUCAACUUGUGACACCCUGAUUCAGGCAGGGAUGUUUGCAGUUUUCCUUCUAGUGCUUUUUUAGGGAUUUCUCCAGAGAUUCCUCCAGAGAAUCCGGAAAAAGUCACUAUAGAUGUUUCGCCGGUGAUUCCUUCAGGAUUGGUUCCAGCAAUUAUGUCAAUAUUUUUCCAUAACUGCAUCCAAGAGUUGCUGUAGGGGCUCAUCCAGUUUUAUUUAAUGUUUUUUGUUAUUUUAAAGCGAUUCUUUCAUAAAUGCCUCUAAGAUUUUCUCUAGGAAUAAUUUCAGAAAGAGCUUCUCCAAUGAUAGCUUCAACUAUGCUUCUAGAUACUUCUCCGAGGAUUUUUUCAAAGAAUGUCAGCAGGUACAGUUAAUUUCAGUAGCAUAGGGGCUGUUCAUAAACCACGUAGACCAAAAUUUGGUCAUCUCAGACCCCCCACCCCCUCCCCCCUCGUAGACUUUUGUCCAUACAAAAAUUAAGAAAUUUGUAUGAAGCGUAGACUUUGGCCAGACCCCCCCCCUCCACCCAAAAAGUCUACGUGGUUUAUGAACGACCCAUAGCACCAGACCUCAUGUACAGGUUCCUCUAACAAAAGCAAAGUAGAAUUUAAAUAGAACCUUUUCCCAUUUUAAGUUUGAAGUUCAUAAGAAAAUCAAUAGCUCUAACGGGUGUCGAACACACGGCACCCUAUUUGCCAGACGGUCGUUUUUGAGAAUCGAACCCACGAAGCCCAAUUCGCUAGAUGGGCUCAUCUAUUCCUCCAGUCUACGGAACCUAAUAUUUAGAAACAUCCAUUGAAUCACUUUGACAUUCAUGUACACAACAGAGAUGUGCAUAAGCUAAUUCUAAUUCCAUACGAAAGAGAUUAGGUUAGGAUCAUGAAGAGAGGCAAACCAUGCACGAUAGUGGACUUGGAGUUCAGUUCUAUGCCAUCAGACGAAGUCAAGGGGCUCCGAAGCUUGGAGGAAUAGAUGCACCCUUCUAGCGAAAUGGAAGUCGUCGGUUCGAUUCUCACCGGGGUCCUGGAUUUCUUUUUGCAAUGUAAGCAUCAAUUUAUUCAUUAAACGCGCGUUUCUGUUGUGUACAUUACCCCAAAAAGGGAUACCUUCAUGGCCUCAGUUUCGUCACCUCGCUGAGUGUGUUCCAUCAAAGACGAGCUCUGAAAGACGCCUGGGGUCCAAUGGACCCCAGGUAUCCCUUUUAGGGUUAAUGUCAGUAUUGUAAUUUUCAGUUGACAACAACAACAAAUAUGGAAUUCUCAUAGAAAAAUCUGUUCAGCUUGCCGGGAGUCGUUAGUUCGAUUCCCAUCGGAGCACGUAGAUUCCAUUUCGUAAUUAAAAUUUUAUCACAGAUAAACAGGCGUCUCACUCUACUCCCUUCUCAUUGUUUCACUUUUAACGGUUAACUCAAACAAUAUGUAGUUCACAAAUCGCACGAUUACUGCGCUCACUUCGUUUUUGCUCGUGUUUGACGUUUACUCACUACCGUCACCUUAACGGUUUGGGAAACACAUGGUAUUUUGCGUUGGGCGAUAAUGUUCGCGUGACGAACAUUUUAAUUGAAAUUUGUUCCAAGUAAUCCCAGUAACACACGAUCGCAUAUGAUCUUGAAUAGGAUGCAAAAGUGAAGGCGAUAUACGCACCUUUUACACGCGGUUAAGUGGAAGCAUUUACGCAUAUGGCCUCCGCUUUAGCAUCCUAUUCAACAUCAUAUAAGACUUUGUGUAUGCUGGGAUACGUCUGUUUGUCUGCGGUUUUAAUUUGAACACCAAACACGUGUUCUGUUCUGUACGUUCUGGUGUCAAAAUGAGAUAUUAGAUAUCCCAACUAACACUUAUUGUGAAUGCAAACGUCAACAAAGCGUCCUCAAUACGGCUUGAUGCUGAGUUACUGUGUUGUACAUAUGGACGGAAGCUUUUGUGCAAGCCCUAUUAUACCAAUGAAUCUGGCGAACUUAAUCCACAAGUAUAUGCUGUGCGAGCAGCUUCUAUUCCACCAAAUCAUAGCUCUUUUCUCGGCUCCUAUGUAACCACAUACUGAAUAACAUCUUGAGAAGGCGCUUUUUUUAGCAUUUUCACAGUUGUUAAAUAAUAGUUAUACGGCAUUCCCAAAUUAAUCGAUUAAAUAUAAUUAGGUUAUGCAUACCGUCACGCAAGAUAUGUGGAACUGAUACUAUCGUUUUUAAAAUUGCAUAAUCAAAGUACUUGCCGCUACUUGGAAUCGAACUCCUGAUCUCCGUAUCCACUGGUCCCGAUGAUGUCCUCGCUGCCACACUGUUAUAUGUAUAUAAAUAGCAUAGGAAAUAGCCCGUUUUGUUUUACUCUAGACAAGGCUUUAUAAUAGUGCCACAAGAAACCUUAACCAACUUCAUCUUGCUGCAAAAGCUUGUAAAACGUCAAACGCAAUAAUGUUUACAUUGAACAAGCUGUGUGGUUGCCCCAGACAACCAGUAAUCGUAUAAGAUGUUGCAUAGGAUGCUUAAGUGGAGGCCAUAUGCGUGCAUGCCUCCAUUUAGGCGCAUGUAAAAUGUACGCAUAUCGCCUCCACUUUAACAUCUUAUUCAACUUCUUAUACGAUCACUGUUUGACUGGGGCGCCAACAGCUUCUGCGUCACAGCUUCUAGCUGAAAGAAUGUUCUUUAAGCGAUUUGCUCAAGUUUUCACAUCCUUCGGGAAAACUCCCGGAAUUGGAAUUGAGUGCAGUAAAGGUAGCCCCAGUGACAAGUGAUUGAUUUCUGAAAACCGAGUUUGGUAGCUGUAUGGUGUUUGUUUGGAGCCGUGAAUUAGCUUAUGGUUUAUAUUUGACAAGCUUCUCGUUUAUUCAAACGACUAACGCUUAUAGCGCUGCAAAUGUCAGUUGGAAUAUCAGGUUUAAGGGAUGCUCAAAAUAUUUCGGCUGGUCAUAUAAUAUCUUGAGUUAAACAAUAAAGUUAUCUAAUAAAUUGUCUAAACACAAUAUGUACAUUAGUUCCCCAACUU